CCUCUCCAGGCAAAAAAUGUGUGUGACGCAGAAACAGUGUUUCAACUACCCGUGGAAAUCGAAGUCAAAGCGAGUGGCCAAUCGCAAGGCGAGCCGUCCGAGACUCAGAGUUUAUGCACGGAGUCACUCUGCGCAGCUUUCGCACCUCUGAAGGCCCCGAUCUUUUACGCCUUCCUUCCGUCGUUUGUGCUGUGCGACUACGGCGACAUGCUUCUGUCGACGACCAUCGUGGACUAUGCUAUAGACAAAGGAUUGACAGUCGCCCAAGCCAAGCAGAUGAUCAUAUGCAUCUCGCUGGCGGGGCUCCUCGGAAGGCUGCUUUUACCACUGGCAGCAGAUCGGGGCUACCUGAGCCGUAGCGCACUGGUCGCGCUGUGCUACGUGUUCAUAACGCUAGCAUGCAUGGCGUUGCCCCACGUCCACUCGGUUGCAGGCGUCUGGAUGGUGUGCUUCGUGGCUGCGGCGCAGUUUGGUUGCCUUCUGACCAUGAAAGGUGUCCUAGUGGCGGACUACCUUGGCAUCGAACACAUUGCGGCGGCCAUCGGCGUCACGGGAGUUGCGAUGCUGCCUCUGCUGCUGGGAAACCCUGCAAUCAUAGGUUACUUUCGGGACACAAUGGGCUCGUACGACAACCUGUUCCGGUCAUUUGCAGCCCUGGCCUUCCUCGUGGCGAUGAUGCUUCUGGGCCUCGUGUGCCACGAAAGGACAGCCAAUAAGUUCCUGCGUCGGGACAACAGCUCCGGCCACGUCAACUACGGAGCCACCAUAUAGAGGCAGUAUACGGGCGCACAAUAAACCUUAUAUGACCGUACUCGCUAACGUCUGCUAUACACCGUACCAUUUCCUAACACAAAGGCCAAGGGAACGCUGUUCUUGCUCAGUUAAGGAAGUGGUUUCGCGUAUGUAGAGGCGCAAAAUAGUGGUUAAUCAAAGCGUUACGCCUUAUAUUUGACCGCUUAGUUCACAGCUUUAAUCAGCCGGGCUAUCCUUAGGGACGACAACGAGGGUCGUUCUUUUAGCGUUUUAUUCUUUUGACUCCUUCGCAUGUUGCUGCCAUCUUCUCUUCUAUGGAAAGGCAGUCCCACACGCGUUCAUUAAAUCCAGCAGGGUCCAAGGCUGCUGCCUGUAAAAAAAGUAUAAUGGUAUCAAUAAUAAACUUG